AUGCGCCCCCGCACGCUCCUCCUCACCAUAGACGCAUUUAACACAAUCUUUCACCCGCGCCAACCCGUCCCCGAACAGUACAUUUCCGCCUUUAACUCCUUCAAACUUCAACCAUCUCAGGCUCACGAGCUCACACCAUCCAUCCUGCAACCCGCUUUCAAAUCAGCUUACAAAGCGCAAUCCCGCCGCCGGCCGAACUAUGGGCGCGCGGAUGCCAUCCGCGGCCAAUACGGCGGGCCUAGGCAGUGGUGGGAGGAGCUAAUACGAGCCACGUUCCAGCAGGUCUUGGCAGAUCAAUCUACCAAACUACCAGAUGAGCUGAUCCAGGGCUUAUUGGAUCGCUUCGCAAGCUCUCAGGGCUAUGCGCUCUACGAUGACGCGGGCGUAUUAUUUGAGCGCCUCAGGCAAAUCAAAACCACCGGCCAGAAACUAGGCGUUUUUGAACGGGUGGUUGUGGGAGUUCUGUCCAACUCAGAUGACAGGGUGCCUGCUGUGCUCCAGUCACUGGGACUAAGUGUAGGAAAGGGAAGAGCGGAUCAGGAAAUCGAGAGUUUGAAACUACCAGGAUUCGAGGAUCUUUCUAGUAUUUCCACCGAUGCGUAUGGAGAGAAGGUCGAUGAUAUUGAUCUCGUGAUCACGAGUUAUCAGGCUGGAGAGGAGAAGCCUAGUCCGGUGAUCUUUGACGUGGCUGAGCGGCAGGCGAGGAGGCUGGUAGGGGCUGGUGAGGAGGAAGUUGAUUGGGUGCGUGUUCAUGUGGGCGAUGACUAUGACAAGGAUUAUCGUGCUGCUGUUGAUGCGGGGUGGAAUGGGGUUUAUGUUCCCCGAGAUGAAGGUGGGGGGAGGGAGGGGGUGGUGAUUCGAUCGUUAGUGGAUUUGGUUCCGAUGCUGGAGGGAUUGAAAUAG